AAACUUGGAAACCCCGAUAGGCCAAUACAGAAGAAAUUAGAGGAAAGCACAGUACGUAACUCGGCAUAGUACCCACAAAAUAAAAAAGAAAUAAUAAUAGGGAAAAUAAUAAAAAAGCUGAGCAUAGUGUUCUUGCCUGGUUUGGUCGAAUCCCAACCAAUCCAGGUAGGUUGUUUAAUCUAAUUAGUAAUUGAGAGCUGCACAAACAAUCGUUCCUGAUGACGCCCUAGAGUUGCCACCAUCAAAAACCGUUUAUUGUUUCCGGCGUACAGGAAAAAACACAAAACACAAGAAAAUAAAAACCCCUUACCCUUAUAUCCAUUCUUCCCUCCUAACUCAAACUCAUCCAUCACCAUCACUAUCUUUUUUCCUGUACGCCAAACCGCCAUGCAUGCCCUCGCCUAUCUCUUGCUUGCCAUCUCUCUCCCUCUUCUCUCUAACGCCGCCACCCCCGACUCCUUCAUGUUGGGCUGCGGCUUAGGCGACGGCGGCGGCGAAGACGGCGACGGAAGACGCUGGAACCCCGACAAUAAGUACCUCUCUGGUGGAAACUCCGUGACAUCCAAGGCCUCUGUCCAAGACCCUUCGCUUUCCUCCGAGGUUCCCUACAUGACGUCACGCGUUUUCACCUCCCAAGGAAGCUACAAGUUCCCCAUUCAAGGCACCAAACGCUACAUGCUGAGGCUCCACUUCUACCCCGCCGUUUACUCCACCUUCGACCCCUCCAACGCCUUCUUCUCCGUCACCGCCAACGAUGUCACGCUUCUCUCCAACUUCAGCGCCGCCAUCACGUGCCAGGCCCUCUCGCAAGCCUACAUCGACAAAGAAUACUCCCUCGCGCCUCUCCAUUCCGACGCUCUCACCAUCACGUUCAAGCCUUCCGACAAACACCACGGCGCUUUCGCUUUUGUCAACGGAAUCGAGCUUGCUGAAAUGCCCGAGUUGUUCGACACCGCUCCUGUGGUGGGCUUCCCCGACCAAACCGUGGAGACCAAGAGUUUGCAUUUUGUGACCAUGUCCAGAUUAAACGUGGGUGGGAGUUACAUAUCUCCCACGAAAGAUUCUGGGUUGUCGAGAAUUUGGUACGAUGAUACACCUUAUCUGUACGGUGGAGGCAAUGGUGUCACGAACGAGGUCACCGCGGAUGUGACUAUUAACUACAAAAGCAUGCCACAGUACAUUGCUCCUUUCAAUGUUUACGCCACUUCGCGAUCCAUGGGUGCCAGUAAGGAUAUCAACAUGGGGUUCAAUCUCACGUGGGUGUUCCAAGUGGAUCCAGAUUCCAUGUACCUCGCCAGGUUGCAUUUCUGUGAGUAUUACUAUGCAAAACUGAACGAGAUUGUUUUCAAAAUCUUCAUCAACAAUCAAACGGCGCAGGAGGAUGCUGAUAUUAUUGGGUGGGCGGGUGCUAAAGGAGUGCCAACUUACAAGGAUUAUGUAGUGCAUGGCAAAAGCUCUGGUGAACUCUGGGUUGCUUUGCACCCUGCACCUGAAACCAAGCCUGAGUUUUUUGAUGCACUGCUCAAUGGGCUCGAGUUGUUCAAACUCAAUGACACAGACUUGUCUGGCCCCAAUCCUAAACCUUCUGACAUGCUCGUUAAACACGAGGAGAAGGAAAGGACUUUCGAAACCAAGCAUACUACUAAAAGGACUUUUGUUAUUGGCAGUGCUGCCGGGGGUGCUGCAGGUUUUGCCUUUGUGGCUGCAUUGUGUGUUGUUGUUCACCACAGAACCAGGAAGAGAGCUCCGGGCUCAAGCACCACCACAUCAAGCUGGUUACCUCUUUAUGGAAACUCCAACACAACAGGCACCAAAUCAGGGUCCGGGAAGAGUGUAGGCAGUGGCAACUUAGCCAUGGCUCAAGGACUGUGCCGUUACUUCUCCUUACAAGACAUGCUGCAUGCAACUCAGAAUUUCGACGAGUCCAAUGUCAUAGGGGUUGGAGGCUUUGGUAAGGUUUACAAGGGUGUCAUUGACAAUGGGUUUAAAGUGGCAAUCAAAAGAUCCAACCCGCAAUCAGAGCAAGGAGUAAACGAGUUCCAGACCGAGAUUGAGAUGCUGUCCAAGUUGAGACACAAGCAUUUGGUGUCCUUGAUUGGUUUUUGCGAGGAGGAGGAUGAGAUGUGUCUGGUCUAUGACUACAUGUCGCAUGGCACCAUGAGGGAACAUCUUUACAAGGGUAACAAGCCAUUGGACACACUGACAUGGAAGCAAAGGUUGGAGAUCUGCAUUGGAGCUGCAAGAGGACUUCACUAUCUUCACACCGGGGCAAAAUACACCAUCAUUCAUAGAGAUGUCAAGACAACCAACAUUCUCCUUGAUGAAAAUUGGGUUGCCAAGGUUUCAGAUUUUGGACUGUCCAAAACGGGUCCAAACAUGAACCAGGGUCACGUUAGUACCGUGGUGAAGGGUAGCUUUGGAUACUUGGAUCCUGAGUAUUUCAGGAGGCAACAGUUGACUGAGAAAUCUGAUGUUUACUCAUUUGGGGUUGUCCUAUUUGAGGCCCUUUGUUCAAGGCCUGCCCUCAAUCCUAGCCUUCCAAAGGAACAGGUAAGCCUUGCGGAAUGGGUACUGUACAACAAAAGAAGAGGAACACUUGAGGACAUCAUUGACCCCAACCUCAAGGGACAGAUCAAACCUGAAAGCUUGAACAAGUUUGCUGACGCGGCUGAGAAGUGUGUGUCUGAUCUUGGACUCGAACGCCCCUCCAUGAAUGAUCUCUUGUGGAAUCUCGAGUUUGCGCUCAACUUGCAAGAAAGUCCGGAUGGUGUAACUAAAGCUGCACCUAUUGAAGAAAGUGAGUUCGAAGAAGUAAGCUUGGGAAACAAUGACAUGGCAGCUCACUACAAAAACCUUAGCCUUGGAAGUGAGCAUGACCUUAGCCGUGAGUCCAGUUAUGAUAACAAUGCUAAUGUCUUCUCCCAAAUUUCCAAUCAAAAAGGAAGGUGAAGAUGAAUGACAAAAUAUUCAAGAUCAUCGCUUUGUUAUAACCAAGAGUUCCAUGCUUUUAAGGAAGCCACGGAAUUCAAGAUUACAAAACCGGCGGAUAGCGUUGCAUUUGGAGUAUACGGAGCUAUAUUGUUCCUUCCAUUUAUUUUUUUUUUCUUUCCCUUGUUUUCACGUCAAAUAGCUUUUCAAGUCUGAUUGUCUAUAUAGCAUAAUAGCAAGCCAUUGUAUUAUAAGAAAGCAGCAAGGUCAAGCUCACCCUGCUUGUUAUGUAUAACAUAGCCAAAUAUGUAUAAUAUGAUUUAUAGUUUGUCAGAAUCAGUACUGUUUCUGCAAAA